GUUAAUUAAUAGUGUCGGGCUACUUGGCUGUGUGCUUGAAGAGUCCUUCAAAAACCGUCGCAGCCAUUUCGCAACGACGGUGCGCCCAACACAGCCAGCAAUUCCAUAGGACUUGCAACAUAGCAGCUGAAUUAAGUAAUUGAUGGCACCGAAAAAUAACAAGUCGCCGGGCGCGCACGGACACGCCGGCUCCGCCGGCGGGGCAGCGGCCGGGCCCCACGCCGGCCAAGCCUCCAUCAGGCAGGCGUACGACGCGAUGGGGGUGCAGCAGUUCUACGCGUCUCACGGGGCCCGGUACACCAACCCUCACGAGGGCCAGAUCUUUGCUGCCCUGUGUCAGCUGCUGGACUCCACCCCCGCAGCCGUGUGGCUUGGGCUGCAGGAGCUGAGCGGCCAGACACGUCAGCACCAGCAGCAGCAGUCGGAUGCGGAUGCGGAGGAGGGGGAGGGGGAGGGGGAGGGGGAGGGGGAAGAAGACGGCCAAGACGCGGGCGCUGAGGGCGAAGGGCAGCACGACGGCGGCGGCGCAGGUGGUGGCGGAGCAUGCGGCGGCUAUCGGGCCUGCACGGCGGAAGAGGCGGCGGCCAUUGCGGCGGCGGUGACGGCUGGGCUGGCGGCGCCGGUGCCUCUGCGGGUGUUGGACUUGGCGUGUGGCUCGGGCGAGGCCAGUGCGUGCCUGAUGGAGUGGAACCGGCUGAGGCCGCUGGGGGGCAGGCCCGCAGCAGGAGCAGCGGCAGGGGCCGGAGCAGGGGCAGGAGGAGGAGCAGGAGCAGGAGCAGGAGCAGGCGGAGGAGCAGGAGGAGGCGUAGGAGGAGGAGCAAGGGGAGGAGGAGGAGCAGGAGCUGCAGCAGGAGCAGGGGCAGGAGGAGGGGGUGCGCCGGGCGUGCCGGGCGUCGGCGGCACCAGCGGGGGAAAGAGGUCGAAGCAGCGCGCGGCGCCGCCGCCGCUUCUGCCGUACGAGCUACGGCUCACUGCGUGUGAUCCGUACACACGUGACGCCUACGUGGCACGUACGGGCCGUGCCGCGGAGAGCUGGUCCUUCGAAGACAUCGCUGACGGCUGCAUCGACGACUACCUGUGUUACGGCGGCGGCUGUAGCAGCGGUGCUGCUGCCACUGCUGGUGCUGCUGCUGCUGGUGCUGGUGCUGGUGCUGCUGCUGCGGCGGCUGGAGCUGGCAGUAGCAGCAGUGGGGGCGGCGGUGGCGGCGGCAGUAGCAGCGGUGGCGGCGGUGGCGUGGGUGUGGCGUUUGACCUGGUGGUGUGCUCCUUCGCGCUGCACCUGUGUGAGGCCAGCCGGCUGUACGGCACACUCACGGCCCUGGCCAGGUCCGCCCGCUGGCUGCUGGUCCUGGCGCCCCACAAACUGCCGUACGUCCGACAAGAGUACGGGUGGCGGUUAGAGCGGUUGAGCCGCGUGGAGCGCACGCACGUACGGCUUUAUCGCUCGCUCGCCGUACCGGCGGCAGAUGCGGCGGCGGCAGCGGAGGUAGCGGCGGCGGCGGCCGCGGCGGUGGCCGCGGUUUCAGUUGCGUGAGUUCAUGACAAGCAGGAGGGUUGGCGCAAUCAGCGACUCAGGCUCACAGGAGGAAUUUCUGAGAUUGGUCUCGGCCUCAGCUGUCUCAGGUGUUUCACGCAAGCGGUUGUGGUGGUCGUCGGGCCUGCGGUCGUUGGGCUUUGGUCUUCGAAUGACCAGCCUGGGCCAGCUGCACUAAGGAGGGUGGAGGACUGGAGUAGGUGCCCUAGGCUCCACGUCCGCAAAGGCACAGGAAGGACGGUUCGGGCCUUCGGGUGGCUUUCGAGUGUGUGACUUGUCUAGGGAAGACGUCUGGAACGUUGGGGGCUAAACGCUCACGAAAUGGAGCGAUGCCCCUCACUGUAUACCGUAGUGCAGGGACCUGCGCACUCUUCGGAUCGAGGUUCGGGGAUGCAUCAGCUCCUCCCGAGGCUUUUAGGCGCAUGCACCAAUUUUAUGCGGGAAGGAGCGUGGGAAUGGUUGCCGGACGUGGACAGUCAACCGGAGACAGGCACCGUGUGCAUGAAUGACGCUGCAGUUGGCAACUUCCCAUGUUCCCGAAUUCCA